AGGCAGUCAGCAGCGGGAGGGUGCUGAGAGUUCGCUGGCGGUGGAUUCUUCCCAGCCCUUGAUACGUCUCCCACACUGAAGGUGAACAAAUGUCCAAUGGCAGCUCCAUCACCCAGUUCCUCCUCCUGCCAUUGGCAGACACACGGGAGCUGCAGCUCUUGCACUUCGGGCUCUCCCUGGGCACCUACCUGGCUGCCCUCCUGGCCAACGGCCUCAUCAUCACCACCAUCGCCUGUGACCACCACCUCCACACCCCCAUGUACUUCUUCCUUCUCAACCUCACCCUCCUUGACCUGGGCUCCAUCUCCACCACUGUUCCCAAAGCCAUGGCCAAUUCCCUUUGGGACACUGGAGCCAUCUCCUACACAGGAUGUGCUUCACAGGUAUUUUUUUUCUUUUUCUGUGCUGUAGCAGAGGUUUAUCUUCUCACUGUCAUGUCCUAUGACCGCUACGUUGCCAUCUGCAAAGCCCUGCACUACGGGACCCUCCUGGGCAGCAGAGCUUGUGUCCACAUGGCAGCAGCUGCCUGGGGCAGUGGGUUUCUCACUGCUCUCCUGCACACGGCCAGUACAUUUUCCCUACCCCUCUGCCAGGGCAAUGCUGUGGACCAGUUCUUCUGUGAAAUCCCCCAAAUCCUCAAGCUCUCCUGCUCAGAUGCCUACCUCAGGGAAUUUGGGCUUAUUGUGGUUAGUGCCUUAUUCUCUUUUGGUUGUUUUGUUUUCAUCGUGCUGUCCUACGUGCAGAUCUUCAGGACCGUGCUGAGGAUCCCCUCUGAGCAGGGACGGCACAAAGCCUUUUCCAUGUGCCUCCCUCACCUGGCCGUGGUCUCCCUGUUUGUCAGCGCUGCCAUGUUUGCCUACCUGAAGCCUUCCUCCAUCUCCUCCCCAUCUCUGGAACUGGUGGUGGCAGUGCUGUACUCGGUGGUGCCUCCAGCAGUGAACACCCUCAUCUACAGCAUGAGGAACCAGGAGCUCAAGGAUGCAUUGCAGAAAUUGAUGACCAGAUGA